AUGGCUUCGCUGGCUGGCUCCGACGAUCCCUUCAGAGACCCGCUGCUCACUACCAACGCCGCUCCUUCGCAGCCGUCGCCCGUCUCGGCACCCACCCAGGAGCAGAUGAAUGUUCCCGACACACUCGCUGUGGGCAGAAACGCCUCCCUGACCCUUGGGACCGACUCCUUGGUCGUACUAGACACCAACACCCGCUUACGCGACGCAGAGAACAAAUCCACUCGUUCCAUACCCUUUUACAACAUCCUCUGGGCCGAGCACUCAGAGGACGGCCAUAUCACCGUCCAGUAUGCGCAGAACACAUCGAAGAAGGCCGUUCGCCCUGCCAUCAUCAGCUACUCCCUCGACAAACCCGACAGUCGCAUAACGGAAGCAUGGAUAGAGAAGCUGCUCGAUCGCGCAUACGGAGCGUCGCAACGGCGCAAACGAAUCAAGGUGCUCGUCAAUCCGUUUGGAGGCCAGGGCGGCGCAGUCAAGACAUACCACAAGUUCAUUGCGCCCAUCCUGGCGGCUGCGCGCUGUGAGCUCGACGUGGAGAAGACACAGCACAACGGCCACGGCGUGGAGAUUGCGCAGAACAUGGACAUUGAGGCAUACGACGUAGUCGCCUGCUGCUCAGGAGACGGCAUACCACACGAAGUCUGGAACGGGCUGGGCAAGAGGACCGACGCAGCUCGGGCGCUCCAGAAAGUAGCCGUCGCACAGCUCCCCUGCGGCUCCGGCAACGCCAUGAGCCUCAACUUCAACGGCACCGACGACCCCAGUCUCGCCGCCCUCGCCGUCGUCAAGGGCCUGCGCACCCCGCUCGAUCUCUCCUCGAUAACCCAAGGCGACCGCCGCACCCUCUCCUUCCUCUCCCAGUCCGUCGGCAUAGUAGCCGAAACAGACCUCGCGACAGAACACCUGCGCUGGAUGGGCAGCGCACGCUUCACCUGGGGCUUCCUCGUCCGCCUCUUCAAAAAGACAUGCUACCCCGCCGACAUCGCGAUAAAAGUCGAAUACGACAACAAGACCGCCGUCCGCGAAGCCUACCGCACCGAAUGCGCAAAACCACCUCGCAGCACCGACGACCGCGUCCUACCCGCCCCCGAAACAGGUCUUCCAGAGCUGAAAUACGGCACAGCGACCGACCCUCUCCCUGCAGGCUGGCAACUAAUCCCCCACAACCACCUCGGCAACUUCUACGCCGGAAACAUCGCCUACAUGUCACCCGACGCAAAUUUCUUCCCCGCAUCCCUUCCCUCCGACGGGUGUCUCGACCUCGUCCGUAUCCGCGGCGAUAUCGCGCGGCAUACGGCUGUGAAGACGCUGCUGGCCGUGGAGAACCACUCUUUCUUUGAUAUGGACCAUGUGGAUUACCAGAAGGUUAGUGCGUAUAGGAUUAUUCCGAAAGGGCAGAGGGAUGGGUAUAUUAGUAUUGAUGGGGAGAGGGUUCCUUUUGAGGGGUUUCAGGUUGAGGUGCAUAGGGGGUUGGGGACUGUGCUGAGUAAGAGUGGGCAUUUGUGUGAGGCGAGGGGGGUUUGA